AUGGCAAUGUAUGUUCUCUACGACUCAUCCUCCCGCUACGCCCUGUUCGACGUGCAUGGCCUCGAUGAGAUCGGUCAGAACGUUGAGGCUGUUCGAAGCUCAGCUUCAGACUUUACUCGGUUCGGUCAGCUCGUCAAGCUAUCUGCUUUUCACCCUUUGCAGACUCCUCUCGAUGCUCUAAACCAAGUCAACGCCAUAUCUGAAGGGUUAAUGAGUGAGGAGCUUAGAAGUUUUCUUGAAUUAAAUCUUCCUAAAGUGGAAGAAGACAUAGAACCUAAGUUUAGCUUAGGAGUAUCUGACCCAAAAGUCGGUUCAUGUUUAUUUGAGUCCAUGAAGAUUCCUUGUGAGAGCAAUGAGUUCGUUCAAGAGCUUCUUAGAGGUGUUCGUCAGCACUUUGAUAGUUUCAUCAGUGACUUCAAGCCUGGUCGUUUUAGAAAAGCUAAAUUUGCUCGUAGAGAAAAGGUCAAUUUCAAUGUUACUCGAGAGGAUAAUAUGGUUAUUCAAACUAUUUUCUUGCUUGAUACGGUUGAUAAAGAUGUUCACUCGUUUGCUAUGAGAGUCAGAGAAUGGUACUCAUGUCACUUCCCUGAGCUUGAAAAGAUAGUUAAUGACAGUUACAUGUAUGCUCAACUUUCAAAGAUUAUAGAGGACAAGUCAAAACUGUCUGAGGAGCAUAUUCCAAUGCUUACUGAAGUUCUUGGUGAUGAAGAUAAAGCAAGAGAGGUCGUUAAGGCUGGACAAGCAUCUAUGGGUAAUAAUAAGAGACCGGUUGAUUUGAUGACUAUCCAGACCUUUGCUGAGGGAGUUAUACGCCUAACUGAUUACAGAAAGACGCUGUAUGACUAUCUUGUUGUUAAAGUGAACGAUGUUGCUCCAAAUUUGGCUACAUUGAUUGGUGAGAUGGUUGCAGCCAGGUUGAUUUCACGUGCAGGAAGUCUUGGAAACCUUGCAAAGUGUCCAUCUUCAACUCUCCAGAUUCUUGGAGCCGAGAAGGCACUUCUCAGGGCGUUGAGAACAGGUGGAAAAACACCAAAGCAUGGUUUUAUAUUCAACUCUUCAUUCAUUGGUCGAGCAUCUGCUAAAAACAAGGGUCGUAUGGCUCGUUGUCUAGCUAGCAAGUGUUCUAUUGCUGCUAGGGUUGACUAUUUUGGUGAAAGUAGCGGUACUGAGUUUGGUGAGAAACUUCGUGAAAAAGUAGAGAAAAGGCUAGGGUCUUUACAUAAUGUCUAUGUAAGGGAAAAGGUUUUAGAAGAUAGUAACGGUACUGAGUUUGGCGAGAAACUUCGUGAAAAAGUAGAGGAAAGGCUAGGGUCUUUACAUAAUGUCUAUGUAAGGAAAGAGGUUUUAGAAGGUAUUGCUCUCACUAAGAACCGCUUUGUUAACUAA